AUGUCACGCGCAGUAGAUGCAGGGGCGACAGUGUCUGUCGGCACCGUCUUGGCCAUGGGCGAUAAUGAGCUUGCGCAAUUCAUGCAAAACAAUUACAAGGAUGAUCGCAACUACGACCUCCCAAUUGACGGAUGGAAGGAGCUGUCCGACGACGAACGGAAUGACCUUGCUCAAAGGCUGAACCUAGCUCAGAGUAACAAUGCGUCUUCCCAUCCGCUCGACCUGGACGACCUCAACCUCCGCUUACUUCAGCUGCUGCCCAACGACAGUUCGAAUGUUAGAAGCAAGCCGCUCAUCACUAGAUCAACUCGCUCGACUUCUGACGAUUCGCUGACCGACUCGAACUCGUACAAAACAACAGACGAAAUCAACGCCUACAAUGACCUUGUCAGCGACGGCGGCCGCCCACUGUAUUCUAUUGAUAUCAUUCAGGAUGUAUACAUGGACCCAGGCAAUGAACACUUGACGCAGACCAGUCCCUCGGGCGUGUUCCAAAGACAGUUGCGAAACUGGCAGGGGUUUCGCCGGUGGCAACGGCACAAUAGGGACCGCGAAGACUCUGAUGACGGCAGUUUUCUCGCCUAUGUUGAGCGAGUGAAGCGACAUAUAAGACAGGAUCCUCUCCACAGGGCACCCGCGCAGCGCUUGGCCCAGAUCGAGGCUGACCCAUCAUUUCUGCAGCCGACUUGGCUUGCACAACAAUGCCGGAGAAAUUUGGAACGACGGAGUCUCAAAGAAGCUGGUUGUGAAGGGUUCCAUGCCUAUGUUGAAGCUGUGCGCAGUCGACUCGCCCGCUACGGCUUUGCUCAGACUGUGACAUUGAAGGAGGCUUCAGAGGAUCAGGACCACCUAAUGACAUGGAUCGAAUAUCUUAAUUAUCAAUACUGGUGGCUCGACAAAUCCAUCGCCAAGGCCGAGAGUCUAGAACCAGGAUACCAAAAGUUAUGGAAUGAACUCGUCGAAAAGGGCAUCCUCAAAGCGCACGAGACGGACGACUACGGAUAG